AUGGCGGUUCGCGCCUUGCUCGGUCAUCACUGGAGGCAUCUGCGCACCACGACAACGCUGGAUUCAGCGCGACACUCGAUCCUCUCCCCUUUCUCCUCAUCAUCCUUCAGCCCUGGGCGGCUCGUAUUGACACACGCUGUUCCUUCCGGCCUUGUGAAGGAGAACUAUGCGCCAUCAAACGAAGACGUUCUGUCCGCCGAUAAUCGGUCCUUGCGCGCGGAGAAGGAGACGCAGGACUUCCGGAUCGCCAAGCUGGAGGACCAAGUUGGUCGUUUGUUGCGCAGGGAGAAGGCGCGCGAAGUAGAGGAGGAGCGCUCGCGCCAGGUCGAGGCGUACAAGCGCGGCAUGGAAGGUCUCGUUUUGUCGGCCCUCAAGGACACGCGCAAGCUUGACGACGCCGACCUUGAGAUCCUCAGAGGGAAUUGGCGUCAACUGGAAAACGCUGCCGGUUGGCAAGCCAUUCCGAAGGCUCUCACGACGCCCAAACUCGCCGAGAGGUUCUACGACGUUUUGGAGCCGCCUCUCGUCGAGAAAGUCAAGCUCGCCGUUACCUCCGCCCGCAAGUUGCCUGCCUGGUCAGCAGCUCGUGCGAUAGAGCGAAGUGACCGGGUGUCCGACAUGCGACAAGCUCGAAGUGAAGCAGCACACCUCGCGCCGAGCAAGGAUCUCGUCCUCCAGGCGCUUCAGGAGUUCUCGUCAAAGGCUGUGGCGGAGCGCGCAGUUAGUAUGAUUAAUCCCGAGGCUUUUUCCGUUCCGUGGCCUCCUCUCUGA